ACGGUGCAGACCCAGCUGUUCUUUCUCCUUUCCAAGACUUUAGCAUCAGCAUGUCUGCCUUCGUGCGCACACAGCUUCUCUUCCUCCUCCUGUCUCUCUCAUCCCGGAUGAUGCUGAGCCGCCACAUCCAGGAUGACGACGCUUCAGAUGGAUUACAUUCUCUCCUCAGUUUGGACCAGAAGAGAAAGUCAGAGGAUUUUAUUUUCAGACGGCCUCUCAGAUGUUUGGACAUGUUGGCCACAGAGGGCCACUUUACCUUCGUGGCGUCGAAGCCGCAGCUCGCCUGCGCCACUUUUGCCAUCGGCGAGCCCAGUGAGGUCAUCGCCAUGGAGCUGUCCGACGUCAAAAUCGACUGCAACGGCGGCGACUUCGUCAAGAUGUUUGACGGUUGGGUCCUAAAGGGGGAGAAGUUCCCCAGCAGUGAAGACCACCCGCUGCCAAUGCACCAGCGCUACACAGACUUCUGCUCCUCCACGGCACCGGGACACACCAGUCGCUCGUCCCAAAACGUGGCCAUGAUCUUCUUCCGCAUCCAAAGCCCCGACAGUGGUUUCACCCUCGUCGUGAAAAAGCUGCGCAAUCCUUUUCCGUGUAACAUCAUGUCUCAGAGUCCAGAGGGCAGCUUCACCAUGGUGACGCCGCAUCUGCGCAGGAACUGCAGCUUCUCCAUCAUCUACCCGGUGGAGAUCCAGCUGACACAACUGAGCCUGGAACAAGCCAAAAGUAAUGAGAUCAGCCCCGAGGCGAGGCUCCGGUCUGGCUGUUCAGGUUCUGGGGACUACGUGGAGCUGUUGGGAGGAAACGGAGUGGACACAUCUCGCAUGUUCCCCAUGGCGGAUCUCUGUUUCCCACUCAACGGACUCGCCCAGAUGAAGAUUGGCUGUGAUAACUCUGUGCUGAGACUGGUCUCCAGUGGCAACUACAUCAACCAAGUGUCUUUCCAGUACCGACUAUUGGAACGCAACCAGCUGCCGAAGGCCACUGACAACACCCUGGAUCACAUGUGCACUGUAGAAUAAUCACAUGCACUACACUACCUGUAAAUACAUGAGUUCAUACAUAUAAAUAACUGUUUUCUUCUUAUUAGCAGAUAUUAAUUUUACUUUUCCAACAUUAGCUUUUGCUUUAUUGAAUAAAUCAGG